CAUCAGCCUUUUACCGGUAUCCUCACUGCUGUGCUGACAGUAUAAACUCACACAUUGCCCAGACGUGCUAAAGUUAUCUCUCAAAGUGAGGUAGCUUUUCACUUGUUAUGGCUGACCAGGCCGUCGUGGAGAAAAUGAGCGAGAUGCAAGUGGACGAGAAAAAAAAGGGGGGGACUCAAGGCGGCAAAGAUGGAGGAAAGAAAAAGCCUAAAAAUGCUGCUGGGCAAUCUGCAGGCAGGGCCGAGCUGACAACAGCUCCUGAGUACAUAGACGAGCGUCUUUCUUUGUACACCAAGCUGAAAGCCGAGCAUGACGCUCUGAUGGCUGAGAGGGCUGCGAAGGACAGCCGGGCCAUCAAGGUGACUCUCCCUGAUGGGAAGGUGGUGGACGCCGAAUCCUGGAAGACUACACCAUACCAGGUGGCCUGUGGAAUCAGUCAAGGCCUUGCUGACAACACAGUGAUUGCUAAAGUGAAUAACGGUGUGUGGGAUCUGGACCGACCAUUGGAGGAGGACUGCAGCCUUCAGUUGCUGAAGUUUGAUGAUGAGGAGGCUCAAGCUGUAAGUCAACUCCAUCCCUUGGCUGACUCAUUGCUUAUUUGUUUUUUCCUGCUGUAGUAAAUUACUCUAACC